UGUGUAAAAAUGAGUAGUCAAUCAUAUUCUAGCUUAGAAUAUAGUCAUUAAUAUCACAUUUUUUACAUACAUAAAGCUUCCUAAACCACCUUGAUCACCCCAAAUUAAGAAGUCAACAAUGAAAUUUUACAAAUUUGUUGCCUAAACCAUGAAAAUCCCUGCCUCAAGCAGCUUCUGACAUCCUGUUGUUCUUCUGUGAUUACGUCGAAACCAGCAGAGUGAUUCUAACACAUUUUUAAGCAUGUCAGACAAAAAAGCUCCGAACCCUGAUGAUUUCAAGUUAAAAGACACAAAGCCACAGCUUGGCGAGCGAUGGCCACAUGGAGGGGUUCGAGGUGGGCAUGGAUGGAUUGGAGGCGACAGGACUUCAAGCACGUACGACCUUGUUGAACAGAUGAACUACCUGUAUGUUCAUGUGGUUCGUGCCAAAGAUCUUCCUGUUAACCCUGUAUCGGGGAGCUGUGACCCCUAUGUAGAGGUCAAGUUGGGGAACUACAAGGGUAAAACGAAGCACUUUGAGAACAAAAUCAAUCCUGAGUGGAAACAAGUAUUCGCGUUUUCAAAGGAGAAGAUACAAUCUACUGUCCUAGAAGUCUAUGUAAGAGACAGGGAGAUGGUGGGCAGAGAUGAGUACUUAGGCAAGGUGGUGUUUGACUUGAAUGAAGUCCCUACACGGGUUCCUCCUGAUAGUCCUCUGGCACCACAAUGGUAUAGGCUAGAGGAUCGUCGAGGAGAGGUGAAGACAAGAGGAGAGGUUAUGGUUGCUGUUUGGAUGGGAACACAAGCUGAUGAAGCUUUUCCUGAAGCUUGGCAUACAGAAGCUGCUUCAGUAGUUUCAGGAGAAGGCGUUUACAACAUCAGAUCAAAGGUUUAUGUUUCUCCCAAAUUAUGGUAUCUUAGAGUAAAUGUGAUUGAAGCACAAGAUGUUGAGCCGCAUGAUAAAAGCCAACUCCCACAAGUUUUUAUCAAGGCUCAACUUGGAAACCAAAUACUUAAAACUAAGGUGUGCCCGGUGAAGACUACCAAUCCGCUCUGGAAUGAAGAUCUGAUCUUUGUAGCAGCAGAACCCUUUGAAGAAAUGUUGGUUCUUGAACUUGUGAACAAAGCCGGCUCAAAGGAUGAACUAGUGGGGAAGAUAAGCUUGCCAUUAAAUGUCUUUGAGAAGCGACUGGAUCACAAAGCGGUCCACUCUCGUUGGUUCAACCUUGAGAGAUUUGGGUUUGGAGCCCUAGAGGGAGAUAAGAGAAAUGAGCUUAAAUUCUCAACAAGGGUUCACCUAAGAGUAUGUCUUGAGGGGGGUUACCAUGUGCUCGAUGAAUCAACAAUGUAUAUCAGUGAUACUAGGCCAACUGCCCGACAGUUGUGGAAACAGCCAAUGGGGAUCCUCGAGGUGGGAAUCUUGAGUGCUCAAGGGCUUUCACCCAUGAAGAAAAAGGAAGGAGGUAGCAGCACUGAUGCAUAUUGUGUGGCAAAGUAUGGACUAAAAUGGGUUCGAACAAGAACCAUCAUCCAGAGCUUCAACCCUAAGUGGAACGAGCAGUACUUGUGGGAAGUUUAUGAUCCUUGCACCGUGAUCACCUUAGCAGUUUUCGACAACUGCCAUCUCGGAGGAGAUGACAAGAGUGCAAAAGAUCCUAAGAUAGGGAAGAUAAGAAUCCGGCUGUCUACCCUAGAAACAGACAGGAUUUACACCCAUUCUUACCCUCUCCUUGUCCUGCAGUCCUCUGGUGUAAAAAAGAUGGGCGAGCUCCAACUAGCAAUUCGAUUCACCUGCUUAUCAUUUUCAAAUAUGAUCUAUCAAUACUCCCAUCAUUUACUCCCAAAGAUGCAUUAUGUCCACCCUUUCACCAUAAACCAAUUGGACAACUUGAGAUACCAAGCCAUGAACAUUGUGGCAAUCAGGCUGGGCAGAGCAGAACCGCCCCUCAGAAGAGAGGUCGUAGAAUACAUGCUAGAUGUCGACUCCCACAUAUGGAGCAUGAGGAAAAGCAAGGCCAACUUCUUCAGGAUUGUCUCGGUCUUCUCAGGAAUGCUCUCUAUGAGCAAGUGGUUAGGCGAGGUCUGCAAAUGGAAGAACCCGGUCACUACAGUUCUAGUUCACAUUCUCUACUUCAUCUUAAUUUGCUAUCCAGAACUCAUCCUCCCAACCGUUUGUCUCUACAUGUUUCUGAUCGGUGUAUGGAAUUACCGAUACAGGCCAAGGCAUCCUCCUCACAUGGAUACCAAGCUUUCAUGGGCAGAUGCAGCUCACCCUGAUGAGCUUGAUGAAGAAUUCGAUACCUUCCCAACAACAAAGUCAUCAGAUAUAGUUCGAAUGAGAUAUGACAGGCUCCGAAGUAUAGCAGGGAGGAUACAGACAGUGCUUGGAGAUAUGGCAACUCAAGGAGAAAGAUUCCAGGCAUUAUUAAGCUGGAGAGACCCUCGAGCUACCUGUCUGUUUACUUUCUUUUGCCUAAUCGCAGCUAUUUUACUCUAUGUUACACCAUUUAGGCUGCUGGCUAUCUUUGCAGGCUUGUAUCUCUUCCGACAUCCUCGGUUCAGAAGCAAGAUGCCGACAGUUCCUAACAAUUUCUUCAGGAGAUUGCCCUCUCGAGCUGAUAGCUUGCUCUGAUAAAUUCACCCUACUUACAUAAACUUUGGUUUGUUUUAUGUGUAUGAUCAUUAUCAUUAACAUUUUCUUAUAAUUUUGUUUUCUUUUUUUUCCUUCCACUAUUCGUGAGUUGUAAUGUUUUGUCUCCUCAAGAAAUUUUUACAGUCAAUCAUUUUCAUUCUAUAGUCA